UGACACUGUUCGUCAUGCGAAACAUCUUCAAGAAACGAUCGACACCACAGUCUCAGACGACGUUGCCGGCAGAAAACUCCGUCCUAAUCAAUGCUGAUGGCCUUCUUGUCACUCCCGUACUACGCCCGGCCAGAUUUGCCAGCACCGAUUCCAACAUCGAGAAUCUCAAACAACACUUUAUGGAAUCACUGGCAAGGUACGGUGCUGUUUCAAAUGAUGAUGUGGUGACCACAUUGCCUGCCCCGACCAUGUACUCGCGUUGGGUUGAGACCGAGUUUUUUCUAAGCCCCAUUGAGAAGUUGGUCAUUGCUACGGAUCCGCGAGCACGCCGCCAACGUCUACACCGCUUGCGCAGAUACUACACCAAUCCGAUCGCACGACUAUCCAAGAACAACAAUAGACGUGCUGAAGCUCUCAAAGAACAGAUGAAAGAACUAAAUUGGCUCAUCGACGAAACCAGCUCUCUAUCUCUUCCGGAAUACGAUUUCCCCUGCAUUCCCUCUGUCUCAAGCACAUCCUCGCAGGAAACCGAAUUUGGAGAUGGGGACACAAUUCGUCCUCUGCCCCGUGUCGCCCAGAUGGCAAACGACGACGUGUCUGUCUCCGAUUUUGCAGUGUACAAUCGAGCCAUGCAACGCUACCUUUCAGAAAGCCCCCAACUCUCGGCACAAGAGCGGUCUUCUAUGGAAGAACUCCGUUCCAACCGCAAGAAAUUGAUGACUUCCCCAAGAUUAUCACGUAUCACCGAGGAUUCUGAAUAUCGGCCUGCCUCCCAGCGCGUAUCACACGCCAGAGCCCGCAGAUACAUGGAAGAGAUUGACGUCCGACCAGAGAUGCGAGAUCCUCACAAGUUCUCUGGUAGUGGCUUUUCAAGCGCUUUUUGAUCAUUCCAUAGCUCUCCUAGGACAAUG